CUCGAAGGCGGGGGGAGCUCAUCACAACUUGUUGAGAAGAAGAAAGACUCUAAACGUCCUUUGUAACGCUCCCCUGACGUCACAGCGAUGACAGGGCGCCUGCACGUCUCUGUCGCGUGAAUAAAGUGGCAGCCAGUGAGCGCGGGAGGUGAGGCGGUGCGCGCGCUGGGUUCGCUCGGAUGGGAUGCACCGUGAGCUUCAUCUGCUGUGAAGAGGACUUUCUGCAAAUGCCUGGUUGCCAGCAUGGGGAGAGUGAGGAUGAGAAGAAGACGAAGAAUAAGAACGAGCGAGCGAAAGAGCCGGAGGAGUUGGAGGCCCUUCAUUCCCAUACGUUCCGGGUGAAGACUUUCAAGAAGGCCAAGCACUGCGGCGCCUGUCAACAGACCAUCAGCCAAGACGGACUCAUCUGCCGAGUGUGCAGAAUAGCAUGCCACAAGAAAUGUGAAGUCAAGGUGUCUUCAUCGUGCGUUCCAGCAACAAACUAUGAGCUGGCAGCGAGCAGCGACCUCCCUCUCAAACACGUAGACACCAUGGGCUCCACAAAAUCUUCAAAGAGCAUGGAGUCCCGGCGCAGACCCUCCAGGAGCACGAGUCUGCUGCAGGCCCUGGAGGAGAGCUACGAGUUGGACCUCAUCUACAUCACAGAGAGGAUCAUCUCCGUCUCCUUCCCCGGCAGUGUGGAGGAGCAGAGUUAUGCUGCCAACCUGCGGGAGGUGGCCUCCAUGCUGCGCUCCAAACACGGCAACAACUACCUGCUCUUCAACCUCAGUGAGAAGCGUUUUGACAUCAGCGAACAUAAUCCAAAGGUCUUGGACUUUGGCUGGCCUGACCACCAUGCUCCUGCCCUGGACAAGAUAUGCAGCAUCUGCAAGGCCAUGGACACCUGGCUGAGUGCGGACAGCCACAACGUCGUCGUCAUACACAACAAGGGCAACCGGGGCAGAACUGGAGUGGUAGUGGCUGCCUACAUGCAUUACAGCAACAUAUCAGCCAGUGCUGACCAGGCCCUGGACAGGUUUGCCAUGAAGCGCUUCUAUGAAGACAAAGUGCUUCCUGUGGGGCAGCCAUCACAGAAGAGGUAUGUAGAGUACUUCAGCGGCUUGCUCUCCGGACACAUCAAGAUCAACAACAAACCGCUGUUCCUUCACCAUGUCAUCAUGCACGGCAUCCCCAACUUCGAGUCUAAAGGAGGUUGUCGUCCUUUUCUCAAAAUCUACCAGGCCAUGCAGCCCGUGUACACAUCUGGGAUCUAUAAUGUUCAGGGUGACAGCCAGACCAGCAUCUGCAUCACCAUUGAACCUGGUCUUCUGCUGAAAGGGGACAUCUUGCUCAAGUGCUAUCACAAGCGCUACCGAAGUCCGUGCCGAGAUGUGGUUUUCCGGGUGCAGUUUCACACCUGCGCCGUUCAUGACCUGGGGAUUGUGUUUGGAAAAGACGAGCUUGAUGAGACAUUCAAAGACGACAGGUUUCCAGAAUAUGGAAAAGUGGAGUUUAUUUUCUCCUUUGGGCCGGAGAAAAUUCAUGGUGUGGAUCAACUGGAAAACGGGCCGAGCGUCUCGGUUGACUACAACACACAAGACCCACUGAUCCGCUGGGACUCCUACGAAAACUUCAAUCAGAACUGCGAGGACACCACGGAUGAAGUCAUCCACACCGAAGGACCCCUGGACGGCAGCCUCUACGCCAAAGUUCGUAAAAAGGAGUGUGUUGAAGGGUCAGCCACAGCGAACGGCCUCCCGCCCACCGCCGCUGAGCAUGCCUUACCUGCGGUUGACCAUGCCUUGUCAGUGAGCAGUGACUCAGGAAACUCUACUGCCUCCAUCAAAACGGAUCGAACUGAUGAAGUGGCAUUAGCUCCUCAGGCUUCCGCGGUGAGCCAGACGGACAUUCCUGUUGGUGAGGAAGUGCCCUCAGUCCAUCACCACGCUCCUCCUGCACAACAACCAAUCAGUCCCCAGGAGAAACAGGAGCUGGAGCAGCUGCUGAGUGGUUUGGAGGGGCCCAUGCACCGGCAGGGCUACCCGUCUACCGCGACCUCAGCUGUCGGAGGCAUGCUCCACCUGGUUCCUGCCCAGGUCCAUGUCAAUGGGCACGGCAGCAUUGACCGUGAGACAGACAUAUUAGACGAUGAGCUGCCCAUCAGUCAAGAGGGCAACAGUGUGGACAGUCUGGGGACAUUGUCCUCCACAGAUGGUCGGGCUACACCAGCUGAUCUUUACUACCAGCCGGAGACACUUGUCAACGGUCAGGACCAUGUGCCGUAUCUGGAGCGCAGUGUCCCGGGAAAGCCUUUGGAGACCGUCCGGACGCACGUCGCCAAAUCCAACAGACCUGUCGCUUUGAUGCAAGACAGUUUAAACCACUCUCAGUCAUUUGGUGCAGAGCCAAACUCUUUGCCACAAGCUCCCACCCGCACCACCAGUAGCAGGGAGGCCGUCCAGCGGGGUCUUGUGUGGCAGCAGUUCGGUGUACCAGAGGAGCCAGUAACUGAAGGCCUCACCUUUAGUCCCCCUCCGGCUGCAGCAGGGAUGCCCAGCCACCACAGCCUCCCACAAUUCCCUCAUCGCCACAGCGCCUCCCAGCAUGAAAUUGAGCAAUCUAUUGAAACUCUUAAUCUCCUUAUGGUCAACCUGGAACCGGGCCGUCCGCUGGUGCCAAAGUCACAGAGUGCGCCGCUGCGGGAAAACAAUUUUGUGGUGACCACGCAGCCGUCCUUCUCCCAAAGCCAACCCAGGCCCUCCUCCAAGGCCGAUGCAACCUCUCACGUUCACUUUUCUGUCCCCAGCCUUGUCAGCUAUUCGUCACAGGCUCACGUCUCACCUGGGAAGCCCAGUACACCUGAGCCUGUACCCGUCCAAGGGUCUCUGUGUUACACGUCUGAGAGGGCUGGAAGCAGUCCUUCCCAACACGCCUCCCCCACUGUAGUUGGUCCCUUCCAACUCAAGCCCAUCAACAACUACCCACCAAGCACAAUGUCCCAGUCCGGAGAGGUCUCUGAGGCCCAGAGAAGCCUUAACACUGCCUCGGCAUCGCUGCAGCCAGGAGAAAGUGAGCAAGAUGAAGUCUUCAACGUUGACGGUCUGGUGGCCCAAAGAGUGGCUGAAUACUCGGCUCGUGUCCAAAGCGUCAUCCCCAGCAUGACCUCUUCUCAGUCUGAGCACCGCCGCUCUCACUCCUUCUCGGGCGUGCAGGCCCGUGCGGUGUCCCCGGAAGACCCGCCAACGUUUCCCCGCCAUCGGAUCUGCAGCGACGGCCAGUACCAGAGCGGACCUGAUGACGAGCCCUCUGCGGAUGUCCCGCUGCGGUCGCCCGUCCGCUGUGUUUCUCCAGAGUUUGUCAACGCCAUUGCAAUGAACCCUGGCGGACGACCUAAGGAGAGAAACAUGCACAGCUACCGCGAGGCCUUCGAGGAGAUGGAUGGUGGGACCAUCAGUCCUACACCCAUAGUUGGUGGUGAGGUGUUUCCCCAAACCCCUGCCUUCCCCGUCUCACCGCAAACCCCUUACUUCAACCUGUGUCGGUCCCCUCCUGGUCUUGCCAAGACUCCACUGUCAGCGCUGGGUUUGAAGCCCCACAACCCAGCAGAAAUACUCCUCAAUCAAACAGGCUCAGAAGAUGAGAGCAGUGAGAGUGUGGAAGCAGCAAGAAGCUACGUUGAGUCUGUGGCGAGGGCGGCAGGGGGAGAGCGUUCAACGUCACCUCGUAGCCUCAGACCCUCGGGAGAGACUACGGCCCAGCAGAGAAGUCAAAGUCCCCCAUCCCACCCGCUAAACCAACCUUUGUCCAGCAGCAGCCCCAUCCAGAGCUCACUGGAUCCCAGCAAUGUCCGCUCUCUGUCCCAACCCACUACUGAUUCGGGCUUCCGCUCCCAUGCCACAGAGAGUGGCUACCCCACACCCUCAUAUCAAGCCCCGAAUACCCCUACUUCUUCCUACCUAGAUUCCAUCUCCCCGACCUCUUCCUACCUUGGCGCCGCUACCCACACGCUACCCUACCUUGGCCCCAACACCCUGCUGGGAGGUUACAUGGCCACAGACCCUCGGCCGCCCACCGCGGAAGCGUCCCAGACGAUGCUGAGCCGUCCCCGAAGUCCGCAUACGCAGCAUCGGACCAACAUCCCCGGCUCCACUUACAACCCCCUCCUCCAGCCGCGCUCGUGCGCUGUUCAGGAGGGUUCCACCAUGGCCCAGCAAACAUCACCAGCUAACGGCUUUGAUCUGGGUAUGCUGGGUGUCAGCGGAAGUCCCGUUCUCGUCCGUCGUCCGUCUCAGGGGGCUCAGAGCAGCCCAGUCCUCAGCAGACAGGCCUCUUUGGGACAAGGGUCUCAGCGGAGCCCGGUCCUCAGCAGACAGCCGUCCACGGGUCGGCCCGCUCAGAGCAGCCCCGUGCUCAGCCGGCAGCCAUCCAUCACACACCCCCAAGGGAGUCCAGUUUUGGGAAGGCACCCAUCUGUAUCGCAGGUGUCCCAGAGAAGCCCCAGCCUGGACCGUCACCCCAUGCACAGCGGUUACACCACCCCGGAUGAGAGACACGGGAACCUGUCACGACAGAGCAGCUCAUCCGGCUACCAGGGACCACCGACUCCCUCCUUCCCCAUCUCACCUGCGAGCUACCAAGAUGGGGGGAUGAUGGGGAUUGGUGUAGGGUUCCGGCAGGGCAGCCCCGCCCCCGGUUUCCAGCCACAGCUUCCAGAGAAGAGACGCAUGUCGAGCGGCGAUAGACCGAACGGAGCGCUGUCGCACGGCACGCUGAACGGGAAGAUAAUGUCCCCGAUGAGUGGAGGAAGCAAUCCCAGCUACUUCCACACCCUCUCGGACUUCUCGAGGUUCAACAUGUCCGAUGGAAGUCCUGAGAGCAGGCUGAAUGUCAAGUUUGUCCAGGACACAUCCAAGUUCUGGUACAAGCCAGACAUUUCCAGAGAGCAAGCUAUUGGCCUGCUGAGGGAGCGGGAGCCUGGAGCCUUUGUGAUCCGGGACAGUCACUCGUUUAGGGGAGCGUACGGCUUGGCUAUGAAGGUGGCCUCGCCUCCACCCACAGCACAUCAGAGCAAGAAAGGCGACGUCACCAACGAGCUGGUGAGGCACUUCCUGAUAGAGAGCAGCCCUAAAGGAGUGAAGCUGAAGGGUUGUCCCAACGAGCCUUACUUUGGCUGUCUGUCUGCCCUGGUCUACCAACAUGCCAUCACACCACUGGCCCUGCCCUGCAAACUACUUAUCCCCACCACAGAUCUCACCGAGGAAGUGACGGAGGUAGCCGCACCAAAUCCACUGGCGGAAAGGCUGAAACAAGGAGCAGUGCAGAGGGCCCCUGCUGAUUCCCAUGCAUGCAACGUGCUCUACAUCAACUCCGUAGACAUGGAGUCCCUGACAGGUCCUCAGGCGGUUGCCAAGGCCAUAUCUGAGACACUGGCUGCUGCGUCUCCAGCCACUGCCACCAUUGUGCACUUCAAGGUGUCUUCGCAAGGCAUCACGCUGACAGACAACCAGAGGAAGCUUUUCUUCCGACGCCACUAUCCUACCAACACAGUCACGUUCUGCGAUACUGACCCACAAGACAGAAAGUGGAACAAACCUGAGGGAGGAACGGCCAAGCUAUUUGGGUUUGUGGCACGUAAGCAGGGUAGCACAACGGACAACGUCAGCCACCUGUUCGCCGAGAUGGACCCCGACCAGCCCGCCAGCGCCAUCGUCAACUUUGUUUUAAAGAUGAUCGCCUCGCAUAAAAGAUGAAAGCUGUCAUUUCCCUUUCCCAUUUAACGACGGACACUUACUUUCUGUUUUGGAUGACUUAGCAUUUGGUUUGUCACCUUAUUUCUUCCGCUCUUUUACGUUUGCGUGCAUGUCCCAGCGUGUUUGUGUAUGAGAGGCAGAGAGUGUGCGGUGUGUUUGGGUGUGCGCAGCUUGCAUGCAUGUGCUUUUCUUCUCGGACGGACUCCAGAAUGGACCAGAGGAAGUGAAGGAUGGGGCGUGGCUGUGUGUGACAAUGGGAGGGGAGGCAGGGUAACUCAUGGACAGGAAGAGGGAAUGACAUUGUGUGUGCAAAUGUUAUUUUAUAACAAUUGUUUCAUUUUUGUUCAUUUUUUUUUACAAAGAAGAAAGAAAAAAAAAGUUGUGUGACGUAAAGGUGGAUUGUAAAUCUAUUCGGCUUUUGAGUGGUCAACCAAAGAUUUUUAAAAAGUAGUCAGGACGUGUAUAGUGUGCCACUGUCGGAGGGUCGGGACUCAAAAUUAUGGCUGCUUAAUCAAAAAUACUGUUUCUUCCUGUAUGUACUGAUACUGUAGGUCAAUUAUGCGCCGUUGCCAUCUUGCAAACGAUGUUUUUGGACAUCUUUGCAUCCGUCGUGGUCUGUGUAAAUAUUCUUGAUUGCUUUACGAGUAGGAUUGUUCUAGAUGACAUUUGGUGCCUGACGUUCUUUUGUAAUGCAGAGCUUUGUAAGAAAGAGAAAAACAUAAAACUCUCCCAAGCUGCUUUAAAUAUGCAAAUAGUCGAACUCGGAAAUGAGAUGGCUCUCCAAAAUUCCACAGUUCUAUCUUUAUCAAUGUAGUAAUGUCGCUGAAGAUGCUACCGAUGUUGCGGCUUUGAAGUCCAUACCAAUUUUGGCAAUAUUUUACUACUUUCAUGUGCAUCCAGGGGAACACCCAGAGUCUCUGAGUCUCUGGGUCCUUUCGUUCAGGGAGGUCAGGAAGAGGAGUAGCCUCCCAUCGGCCGUCGCUCUCCUUGCAGCCUGCGCCAUGUUGCUCAGUAAUGAAGGGCUGGACGUUGCGUCCUUCAUGCAAAAGUUUCGUCUGCUGAGGCCCUGAUGAGAGCUAUCACAACAGAGUGCUAACAUUACCCUAAGUUUUAGUACCGCUUUUUCUGCUCGACGCGAGGCGCUGAGAAGCCGCCCAGCAUCUGAUCAGGGCCCCAGACUGUUCGUCCUUUUGCUGCGGUCAAAGGUUUCUGUGUUCAAAUCUCUUUGUGUCGGAUGAAUCAAAGCUGUUAACACUCACACACUACCCAAAAGUAAGCUAUACGUAUAAAUACACAUAUACAGAUAUAUAUAUAUAUAUAUAUAUAUAAAAAAAAAACUUCAAAACAGUGACUUAAGAUAUUUAUUUUUUUUGCUUUGUUGCUCUGUAAUCUUGUAUACAUGUAUUAUAGAGUAUACAUCAAGAUUACUGAAAGUGAGAAGAAAAGAUAGCUUUUUUAUUUUGGCUAAAGUCAAGUGCAUUGACAUAUAUCUAAGGUGUAAAGUGUGUGCAUUUCAAACUGUAAAAUGUUCAAAUGUUGUUUUUUUUCACAGCAUUACUUCCUUUUGUUAACAUUCUUGUUUUCUAUGGGAGUCUUUGUUUGUAUUUUUAAGAGAGGGGGAAAAUAUUUAGAAUGAAAGAUUGCUGUUAAGUCCAAAUUGGAGCUAUCCUAAAGACAUGCCAACACAAUUGUUUCAUUAACUUAAACCUGCCGAGAAAAUACAUUGUCCAAGUUUAGCACUUAAAUGUUGAAGUAUUAUCAGUGUGUUUCUACUUGUAAAAAGUGACGCCUUGGAAAUUGAUGGACCCAUUACGUGAUUGCAUGUGUGGAGCGGGACUUACUAGUUCCUGUGGUUCCACAGCAUCUCAGCAUGAGGUCUGGGGAAACGAGUCGGAUCAGUGAGUAGCUGCUGCCCUCAUGUGUUGAGGAAACACCAUUACAAAAGGAACCACUUUUAUUCUAACAGUGUUUUAGCUGUGCUUUUGGUAUGACAAAGGGUAAACGUUUAACGAAUCAGAUCACUGGUAAAAUUAACUUUAAUCUGAAUGUUGUUUAAUACGCUAUUAUUUUAGCAAGUGAUGUUUGCGUUCCAAAGUGGGUCACAUCAUGAAAAAAAAAGUGAUUAAAAAGCCAUUCAGCCUUCCUAUGUCACAUGCAGGCCCGUCAGAAUAACCUGUAAAUGAGCAUGAAAUGUGACCUUAAAAGUGACUUUCAAGAAGUUGAGCAGGUAGAGAUUACGAGUCCCUCCUUUAUGCCGGAUGCUCUAGUGUCACUUGUUCAGGGGCCCACGUCCUGACUCAAAUUUACUUAAAAAAAAACAGCACUUAUAAGGCUUUUAUAUGUGACCAGAAUGUUCCAUUAUUUAUUAGCAAGAGCCUGCAUGCUCAAGUCAAGUUGUUACCUCAACACUGCUGACUGUAAUCUGCACACAAUACCCUCAAGUUUGACUCGACCCAGCCCGUUCCAGUUAAGUUUUGGAUUUUCGUGUGACGUCUACGUCUUGACAGAAGAAUCUAUAUAUUUUUGCCUAUAAAAUACUUGUGGAAGAAAAAGAGAACGUCCUUUAGUUCAAACUGAAUGUUAGCCAUUUUUUUGCCAAAAUGGAAACUCCUGUGGCGUGUCACUUGGUGAGAUCAGUCUGAACUGUAGAAUGUGUGUGAAUGAACGACUAUGCCCGUAUAGAGCUUUGUCAUUUUUUGGUAUGCUACAUUAUAUGGCUUUUACUCUUUCUGAUGGAAAAACACAUUAAAAAGCAUUACAAAUCAAAA